UUUAUCCAAGAAAUCCCUAAAUUCAACUACCAACUCCAACCCAUUUAUUGAACUUCACAAAAGAAACUAAAAUCUAACCACCAAUGAAUUACUAAGAGAAGCGCUUUGGUGGAGCAAUGGCCUGGUCCUAAUGGGAACUCAAAAGAAACCCAAUUUUCGAAUUGAUUUUCAAGACUCUUUGAGAAAUGGAGCAAUCUCCGGCGGAUUCUUCCACGACGAGCAUCGAAACUGAAUGUCAGAUUCCAGCGACAUCUCCAAAUUCGACCACUUCUUCUGACGUUGAAGAUUGCACCAAAACCCAAUCUUCUUUGAGCCAAACCCAGAUUCUCGAAGCCAUUGAAGUCGUUGAGAAGGAUUCUCUCGCCAUUGCUGAGAGCUUCACCUCUCUCUUUGCUUCCCUGCGCUCGGUCCUCUCCGAGGUCACCAGCAACUCUAUUGAUCAUAUGCAUUGCUUCAACGAUGCAGCAGGCCGCCUUCAAGAAUCUGUGCUUGAUGCGGCAACGAAGGGCAAUCGAUACAUUAAUUCUUCCUUGAGAUUAAAUCAGGAAAUGAAAGGCAUGGAUAAUCUAGCUGCUCAGCUAAAGGUUUUGAGGAAGAAUGUGGAUGAACUUGACUUGGCUGUGAACAAGCUCCUUAAUUUUCCAUGAGCUCCGCUUGGUCGUAUCGUCGCUCUUGCAAGCUUAAGGAUUUUUGUUUUCCCCAAAGAGAAAAUACAGUUCAUGAAGAAAAAUAUUCAUUCCAUAGCUUCCUUCACAUUUUACUCUAGGAAGCAUCUCAUUGCAUGUUAGGUUCUUUGAUGUAUUUAUCCAGAAAUAGAUUUUCUUGAUCGCUUAAUAAUGUAUACUGGUUUGUGGUUUCGAUAGUUAUAAGGGUCUCUUUUCCUUGGAGGCUAUUCAGCUUU